UAUUAGGCAAUCGAUGUGUUCUGCGCUCCUCUUUUCUUCCAGCUCAACACGAUCAAUUACAGAAUAAUCGAUCAGAAGUUGAAAGUCCGCUUCGGUUUGUCUUAUUUUCUGCAUUUUUGCGCUGUUUUCUCGGUCUCUGCAGGAAGCUGCCGCGGUAUGAAAACCCACCUGCCUUUCUCCUCUCGCCGGUCUCCCGUGCUGUGUUUGCACGGCUGCGUGGCGUCCAGUCAGCCGCUGGCCUCAGCCGUGGGUCUGGAUGUGCUGAAGUGUGGCGGGAAUGCUGCAGAUGCGGCCGUUGCCAUGGCAGCGGCUCUGGCGGUAACGGAGCCAUGCAGCACUGGACUCGGAGGCGACGCCUUCUGCUUGUUCUACGAUGGGAAGACUGGAGAAAUCCGAGGGAUUAAUGGCAGGUUGAGACUCCUCUNUAUUGGCACUAGAAAAUAG